AUGUCUGAGCUGCAUUCGCAUUCUCCCUCUAAGUCCCGGGUAGAAUGGUCACGUUGGCAUUUUGAUAUCGACAAUUAUCUCAAUCGGUUCAUUCCUGGGCCUCCUUGGCGAUGGGUCCCCCGUCCCAUCUCGCAUUUCUUUGGAUAUCGAGGUGAUCAGCCACCGCGGGCUAUCGGUAACCUGGUCAUCGCAUUCUGGGCAUUGAUCGGGGUGUUUUGUGGAGUGUCCGUGACCAUGUCGGUGUCUAUGAGAGUGCCAUCUUUUGAACAUCACAAUGCACCGCUUAUUAUUGCCAGUAUGGGAGCCGCGGCAGUAUUGCAAUUCGCCUUGAUCGAUUCGCCCUUUGCUCAGCCUCGCAACGCGAUUCUUAGUCAGGUCAUCGCCUCUGUCAUUGGUGUCGGAAUCGCCAAGUUAUUCGCAUUGAAUCCUCACGCAGCAGCAUUGCCGGAACUCAGUGCACCCCUCGCCUGUGCUAUAGUAACGGCCGUCAUGAUACUCACCAAUACAUCACAUCCUCCGGCCGGUGCUACAGCGGUACUGGCAGUUACUGAAGGUACUGGCAUGGGCUGGUGGUUGAUACCCGUGGUGAUCUUGGAAUCGACACUCAUGGUGGCUGUAGCGUGUGUGAUCAAUAACAUUCAACGACGGUAUCCUGCGUACUGGUGGACUCCUCUGGCAUUGUCGCGCAAACGAGAAGAGGACGUUGAGAAGGCCAAGAAGGAAGAACCCGGGGUCAUCUCUGGCUCGAGUAGCGCGAGAGAGAGCUUAUCAGAGCAACCUAUACAGAUAGUGAUUCGACGGGACGAGGUGAUCAUGCCUGACAACAUCUGGAUCACGGCGGAGGAACGAGAGGUCCUGGAGACCAUCAGUCACCGAUUGCGAUAG